CCGGUGGUUGUUAAUGUGAGCAAGGCAACCAGAAGUCAGUCACACACUUGGUAGCAAAUCUAGUACGUUUUAGUAAAAAAAAAUGGUCCGUAAAUUGAAAUUUCACGAGCAGAAGCUCUUGAAAAAAGUAGAUUUUAUUAACUGGGAGGUCGACAAUAAUUUGCACGAGGUGAAAGUGCUGCGAAAAUACCAUAUUGAGAAGAGGGAAGAUUAUACCAAAUACAACAAACUAAGUCGAAAUAUCAGAGAACUAGCCCAGAAAAUUAGGGACUUGGAUGAGAAAGAUGGUUUCAGAGCUCAAAACACAAUGCUCAUUUUGGAAAAACUUUACAGUAUCGGUUUGAUCCCCUCCAAACAGAAUCUCUCCCUUGCAAAUGAUGUCAGUGCAUCUUCAUUCUGCAGGAGACGGCUUCCCACAAUCAUGCUGAAGCUUCGUAUGGCUCAGAAUCUGAAGACUGCCAUAACCUUCAUUGAACAAGGCCAUAUUCGUGUUGGACCUGAGAUUGUCACUGAUCCUGCAUGUCUUGUAACAAGGAGUAUGGAAGAUUUUGUGACAUGGGUGGACUCAUCCAAGAUCAAACAGCAUGUCAUGAACUACAAUGAGGAGCGGGAUGACUUUGACCUUAUGAUCUAAACCUCUUGCAUCCAAGUAUGGGAUGGAAUUGGCUUGCCACCAGACAUGAUGGUCUAUGCAUCAAAAGCAGAUUUUACAUCAUUAUUGUAAAUAAAAUGCAUACCCUGUCAAACAUAAAU